UCAUCAAAACCACCAAAAACUAAACUAAUAUAGUAACUAAAAUGGCUUCAACACCUCUUUUGCUCUCUCUCUCCCUUUGUUUUCUCGUCUUGUUACAUGGCUGCUCGGCUAGAAGCCGAACAGCUAUGUACGGAGACCAAAACGAGUGUCAGCUCAACAGGCUUGAAGCCCGUGAGCCAGAUCACCGAGUUGAGUGUGAAGGAGGCAUGAUUGAGUCAUGGAACCCGAACCACGAGCAGUUCCAAUGCGCCGGCGUGGCUCUACUCCGUCUCACCAUUCAGCCUAAUGCCCUUCACUUGCCUUCUUACACCAAUGGCCCUCAACUCAUCCACGUCAUCCGAGGAAGAGGUGUUCUAGGAACAUUGUUCCCAGGUUGCGCCGAGACAUUUGAAGAGGCACAAGUAUCAGUUGGGGGUGGUCGGUCAAGCCAGAGAGAUCGUCACCAGAAAACUCGCCAGAUUAAAGAAGGAGAUAUCAUAGCAAUUCCAGCUGGAAUGGCUUAUUGGUGUAACAAUGAUGGUGACCAACCUCUCAUGACUGUCAACCUCAUCCACAUUAUCAACAACCAAAACCAACUUGAUAUGUCUCCAAGAAGAUUCUACAUUGCUGGUAACCCACACCAGGAAUUCCCACAAAGCAUGAUGACACAACAAGGACGGCGAUACAGCGAGGAAAGGCGAGAGCGAAUCGAGGAAGAGAAGGAGCAAGAAGGAUUGCCCAACAACGUUUUCAGGGGAUUCAGUGUCAAUUUGAUUCAGGAAGCUUUCAAUGUGGAUUCUGAGACCGCUAGGAAGAUUCAAAACCAAGACGAUUUCAGGGGUUCCAUCAUCAGAGUGGAAGGCAAGCUUGACUUGGUGAAACCACAGAGGUCUCGCCAAGAACAAGAGCAGGAAAUGCGCCGACAAGAGUUGCAACAGACUGAGAGGGAGCACGCUCGCCUCUCAGGACGUGAUUAUAAUGGUUUGGAAGAGAAUAUUUGCACAAUGAGGCUUAGGGAGAGCAUGGGUGACCCUGCUCGUGCCGAUGUCUUCAGUCCUCAGGCCGGUCGCCUCACCACCGUUAACAGCUACAACCUCCCCAUCCUCAGCUUCCUCCGACUCAGUGCUGAGAGAGGUUUCCUCUACAAAAACGCAAUGUACGCACCACAAUACACCAUGAACGCUCACAACAUUAUCUAUGCGAUAAGGGGAAGUUGCAGGUGUCAAGUUGUGGACAACAACGGACGAUCAGUGUUCGAAGGUGAGAUUCGCCAAGGCCAGGCCUUGACGGUACCCCAAAACUUUGCAGUUGUGAAAAUGGCCGAGAAGGAAGGAUUUGAAUGGGUGUCGUUUAAGACAAACGACAGAGCUCAAGUAAACCAAUUGGCGGGAAAAAUAUCGUUCAUGAGAGCUAUGCCGGAGGAUGUGAUCGCCAACUCAUACCAAAUCUCGAGAGAACAAGCUAGGAGGCUCAAGUACAACAGAGAAGAGUCUUCUCUUUUCACCACUUCCCACCAGGGGAUUAGGGCUGCUGUUACUGCUUAAUUAAGUACAUUAAUUAACAAUGUGUAAUGUUAUACAUUAUCAUGUAUAACAUUACCUAAUGUACCUAAUAGUGAAACUUGCCACAUGGUCCUUUGCUUUUUGUUUUGUUUUUUUUUUUGGUUUAAGUUUGGGUAAUUUUUUCUGUUUGGCGCCAUGAGUAAUAAUAAUAAUAUGAAUAAAUACCCUUUUUAUGUUAAAGACUUGGUGAGUUUGAGUUAUCUUUUUUUGAAUCAAUAUAAUAAAUCUUCAUAAGAAGACAAAUCAAAAGUUUGGGUAAUUUGUCACUA